UAAAGCGCUGCUCGGGACUACACAGGCUAUUCGGGUUCGUCCAUCCCAGUGUGAAUUAUUAUUUUUUUAUAAUAACAAAUUUAGACAGAGGUAAAAUAAAAACAAACAGACGGAGCCAGCACUGAGGAAUAAUAUUUCUAAUCAACAGAAAUCUCGGUUUUUGUCUCGACUCAUACUCGACAGAUCAUCUUUCAAUCGAGAUCCCACAGUGUGGGAAUGGGAAAUGAUGGAGGAUAAAGGGCCUCGUGUAGCCGACUACUUUGUGGUUGCCGGCCUCACCGACUCAUCCAAGCCUUUGGAGGAGGAGCUCCACUUUGAUGAUGCCGGUCCCAAGUCUGUGAAACCAAAAGCCCCUAUCACUGACGUAGCUGUGGUGAUUCGCUCCCUGGGUGAAGAAGUACCCCCGGGGUUCACCUGUGUUGAAAGCACCCCCUCAGGCCUCUCUGCAGAGCUCAAUGGAGCCAGCCUCAGGGGCCCACAGAUAUUCUUGUGCUUCAAGCGAGGCAGAGAUAAGCCUCCACUGACAGAUCUUGGGGUUCUGUAUGAGUGGAAAGAGAAGCUGAAACCUGGAUGUCACAUCGUCCAGACCACCCCCUCAGGUCGCCCUGCCAACAUCAGCAACUCGUCAUCCCAGCGCAUCUACAUCACCUACCGCCGUGCACCGAAGAGUCAACCCCAUACCUCACUGGCUGUCACUGAUGUCUGCGUCAUCAUCCCCGGCAAGGGCGAGACGCCCCCUCACACCUUCUGCAAGGUGGACAAGAAUCUCAACAGCAGCAUGUGGGGAUCCUCAGUCUACCUUUGUUAUAAGAAGUCUCUGGCUAAAACAAACACAAUCGCAUACAAAGCAGGUCUGCUGUGUAGGUAUCCUGAAGAGGACUACGAGUCCUUCCCACUGCCUGAGUCUGUGCCUAUGUUCUGCCUGCCUAUGGGGGCAACAGUCGAGUGCUGGCCAGCACACACCAAACACUCCCUGCCUGUUUUUUCCACAUUUGUCCUGACGGGUGCCUCUGGAGAAAAGGUUUACGGAGCAGCCAUCCAGUUCUAUGAGCCUUACUCAGAGGAGAACCUGUCUGAGCGUCAGCGCUCGCAGCUCGGCCUGCCAAGCUCUGAUCUUGGACCCGAUGGGACCAGGAGUGUUUACAGCAACAAGAGCAUCUGUCUGCUCUCCCACUGGCCCUUCUUCCAGUCCUUCAGAAGCUUUCUUACUUUCCUCUACCGAUACUCCAUCUCUGGACCACAUGCCCUGCCUAUUGAAAAGCACAUCUCUCACUUCAUGCAAAAUGUGCCAUUCCCUUCCACUCAGAGACCACGCAUCCUAGUGCAGCUGUCUCCGCACGACAGCCUGAUACUGAGCCAGCCUGUGUCCUCUCCGCUGCCUCUCAGUGGUGGAAGCCUCUCCACGUUACUCCUGAAUCUGGGCCCGAAGAACGCAGCCACUCUGCUGGUGCUGGCUGUCACAGAGCACAAGAUCCUGGUUCAUUCCCUGCGUCCAGCUGUGCUCACCAGUGUUACAGAGGCCCUUGUGUCUGUAAGUCUUUUAACAGGUGUCAUUGAGAGGGGCUUUGAUCCCCUGUCACUGAUGGCAGCAGAUGCGGUACAAGAGUGUGAUCAGGAGAACAGCGGCACAAACAGGGCCCGCCGUGACCUCGCUGAAGAGAUCGAGAUGUACAUGAAUAAUGGCAACAGCCCUCUGAGCAGUCGCACACCCAGCAUGGACCUGCAGAACCCCUCGAGCCCUUUGUUUCACCCUGCCUCAUCUCCUCACACCUCCCCGCGACCCUCCACCCUGCUCCGCUCUAGCACACACCUCCCGUUGCCUGUGAAAUCAAAGGAGAGGCUGAGGCCGUCGCCGUCUCUUCCUCUGGGUGUCUGUACAAAAGACAGGGAGAGACCUUCCUCCUUGGUGUCACCAUCCUCACCUACUCCCUCCUCCUCAUCGUUCUCCAUGGACUCACUGUUUACCCCGACUCUGGACAUCUUCAAGAGCAGCGUCAUAUCAGCAGGGAAGGGCGUGGCUGAGAAGGCCAGUCGCCUCUACUCUCGUCUGUCCUCCCAGACUUCAUUAACACAGGAUGCAAACUGUGACCGGAUUAGUGUAUCCUCACUGACCUCAGGAGAGGCAGACUGCUCCUCACUGCUUGAUAAUGACUCCUGUCUGGACCCAGAUGGCUUCACCUCCCCCCAGCAUGGCAGCGUUUCCCGACUCAGGAGGAGCCCAGUUGUGGGUCAUAACAACCUGGGAAGCCCCAGCACGCCCAACAGAGUGUUCAGACACAACUCCUUCUCUGGUGGUUUGGCACUUCCUUUUAAACCCCCUCACACUCCAGAUUCCUCCCCCGACACCAGCCGCUUCCAACCCACUCCCAAUUACACCAUGGAGGUGCUGAUGUCCAGCUGUUCACUAUGUAAGACAUGUGACUGUCUGGUGUACGAUGAGGAGAUCAUGGCUGGCUGGACAGCAAACGACUCCAACCUCAACAGCACUUGUCCGUUCUGCGGCACAGCCUUCCUGCCUUUCCUUAAUGUGGAAAUCAAAGACCUGAGACCACAGAGCAGGUCUUCUAAGGAAAGUAAUCCUGUUACUGAGGAGGUCACGUCACCGUCCCUCAAUCCCGAGGCCAAAAUGUCUGCGGCAGACUGUGCAGCUCAGUCAUCUGCAGCUCCCCCGCAGGAGCAGGAGAGCAGCAGGAGUGCUGGGCCUGCGCCAGUGACAGUGCCCUACCUGAGCCCUCUGGUUCUGUGGAAGGAGCUGGAGAGCCUGCUGGUAAAUGAGGGCGACCAGGCCAUCUCCUCCCCGAGUGUCGUCGACCAACACCCAAUUGUCUUCUGGAACCUCGUGUGGUACUUCAGAAGGCUGGAGUUGCCGAGCAACCUGCCGGCUCUCAUCCUGGCCUCCCAGCACUGUAGCCAUGGAGACCAGACUCCUCAGAGCGUUUCAUCCGAGGACAGUAAGCAGGUGCUCGUGAGGAUCAUGUGGGACAACCUGAAGUUGCACAAAGACAAAGUUCAACCCUGCUAUGUCCUGUGGAACACACAUUGUGCAAACUCCCUGGUUCGCUCCGGGCUGUGCGAAGAAGGCCAAGUCUUCACUGUGGAGCUACUGCAGGGUUUUGUGAGGAGCAUUAAGAAGAGUGAUGUCUAUCAGCCCAUGAGCCAAAUCAUCCAGCUGCUGGGGCCAGAGAUGGGCUUUAAGAGACAGAGGAGCCUGUACAGAGAUUUGUUGUUCCUUGCUUUGGUGGCUUUGGGAAAGAACAAUAUAAAUAUCAAUGCUUUUGACCGGGAGUACAAGCUAGCAUAUGACCGCCUCACCCCCAACCAGGUUAAACUGACACACAACUGUGACCGUCCCCCCGGAGCAGGGGUCAUGGAGUGCAGGAGGACUUUUGGGGAGCCUGGUCUGUAAAGUACUUCUCUUCUUCCGUCCCAUUAUGUUUUUCCUUCACGGUCACUGCUGCUGGGUUUCUUCUGUUUGUUUGUUUUUCGGACUGCUCCUUAGACUCAGGACCAGCUCACCUGACUGGAGCGCAGAGCUCUCAAGCACAACGGGACAAUGACACUUAAUGUAAAGCAACUGCCAUGAGUUUCUAGUAUACUGUUAGAGGCGUGGAGUGACAGCCUUGUGUUUGUAAAUAUUUAGAAAAUCCACUGUAUUUUCAGUAUAACUCCAGUAAAAUGUUUGUACAGUUAUUAUACAGUCUAUUUUAUGACUUUGUUUCUGUUGAAGCUGUGAGUAAGUACGUAAAAGUAAGUGUAUGAUCAUCACAUUGUCCAAAUUUAUAAGUGGUCCUGGCGACCUCGUUCAAGACUGUUGUCGAGUGUGUGUAUACUAAGUACAUGCUUUUAGACAUUUGUGUUUUUACAAAGCACUUUGACAAGAUGAGCUCUUGCCACUCAUUUUCAUUUAUGUAACGCUGUGGCCCGGCCACCUUCGCUUAAGUGACUUUUUAUUUGGCAGCUGCAGAACUUACUGCACUGUUUAAUAGUCCCAUUACAUGCAGUUAAUGGAAGCAAAGAAAUUCCUCUUCAUCUGCACCCUGUUAAUAUAGCAGGACCAUGCUCAUAUGCCUGAAUACACUAAAUUAAAUGGUUACAUAAAAAAAAAUAUGAACUUCUGAUUCAACAAGGGAGAACUCAGUUAAUGUAAAUGUAUAAUGUUUGUUUAUUACUCCUUUUUUUGUACAAUGUACCAAAAUAACCUAAAAGGGAAUCUCAUGAUUUAUUUAGUUUUUUUUAAGCAAUAUCUUUUUUAAUGUGAGGACUUACGAGUUUUUUGGGACCACCAAGGAUAGAUGUCCUUAAAAACAGUACAAUCAAACUAAUAGAUGAAUAAAAACUGAAAAUAAAUGUUUUCUGUUAGUUAAAUCGACACAAUUUUUGAUAAAGAAAUUAAUUUAUUGACACAGUAAUUCAUCUAUAAAAAUGUACAGAGUAUUUGAUUCUAGUAUUUUGUAUAUUUCCUUCUGGUCUUCACUGUAUGGUGUACAUGUCAGUUUUGGACAUUUGUACAGCAAUGCACUGUUUAAUGUGAAAUACAGAGCAAAAAAAAGAGGACAUUAUAAAUCUCUUUGGACAGAUGAUGGCGCAGGUUUCUUUGCACUGAGCAUAUUAAAAGAUUAAUUUGAAAGGUGUUAAGUUAGGAGAACAGCUCUGACCUGCCCUGCUUCAAAAUCAUGUCCAAAAAUGAGUGUGAUGGUUCACUGUGUUAAUAUUGUCUCUCACUUUUAACUGACAAAAACCUGCCUACAUUCUGUUCGUACGGUACAAAUGUGACGCAGCUUCACGGUUUAUUACUGGACUUCACCACAGUUAUUUAUGGUGACACGAUGCUGGAUUAGACGAGGCUGUGUGCUUGGAAUAAACACCAAUAUCACAGCAUGUAUAUUUGCAUUUUAUUCACCUUAUAAUGUGUGACAAAAACAAACAAAAAAACACUGAUGACCAAAACAUUUGAUGUCUACAUGUUGUUUACACAAUUUGUCAAUUAAAACAAUGUUUAUGAUGUAUUAUUUAUCAUUUGUAACACAGAUACUAAUUUGUAUGAUUUUUAUAUGAGAAAGAAAUCAAAUUUCUUCCCUGGCUGGAUCUAUAGUUUGCUUUCAUUUAUGAAUAAACACGUUUAUUCUACGGA